CCCCUCUCCAUAUUAUCCACACCCGCCUCUCUCUCCCUCUCAAAACCACCAGAUUUUCCAAACCGAAUGCAAAAGAAAACAUAAUGGCAAUUAACAAAUCCUCCUUCUCCGCCAAACCUUUAACUCUCUCUUAAACAUACGCAGAGAAAGAAAAAUGGCGCUUCUUCAGCUUAUUCCCUCGUCUUCCUCUUCGUCGCUCUCUCACAAGCCCACUCUAAAGGCUAACAAUAUUCCGUCCCCUUUAAACCCAAACCCUGUAUUGUUGCUCUCUCCGAAACGCACUUCUUUGCGAAGAAAACGCAGCUCCCUGCUUCGGUGCUCGGCCUCGUCUUUCUCUGAGAAGCACCAUACGAAUCCACCGAAGUCGAACGAUGUGGUGGAGCUCCCGCUUUUUCCUCUCCCGCUCGUGCUCUUCCCUGGCGCGAUCCUCCCGCUCCAGAUCUUCGAGCUCCGAUACCGGAUGAUGAUGCACACGCUGCUCCAGACCGAUCUCCGGUUCGGCGUUAUUUACUCCGACGCCGUUUCUGGCACCACGGAGGUCGGUUGCGUCGGGGAGGUGGUGAAGCACGAGCGCCUCGUCGACGACCGGUUCUUCCUCAUCUGCAAGGGCCAGGAACGGUUCCGAGUGACCAAUCUGGUUCGGACCAAGCCCUACCUGGUCGCCGAGGUGACGUGGCUGGAGGACCGGCCGUCUGGCGACGGGGAAGAGGAUCUGGAGGCGUUGGCGAGCGAGGUGGAGGGGCACAUGAAGGACGUGAUUAGGCUUUCGAACCGGCUCGGUGGUAAGCCGGAGAAGGAGGCACAGGACCUUCGCCGGAACCUCUUUCCGACGCCGUUUUCGUUCUUCGUUGGGAGCACCUUCGAGGGCGCGCCGAGAGAGCAGCAGGCGCUGCUGGAGUUGGAGGACACGGCGGCGAGGCUUAAGAGGGAGAAGGAGACCUUGCGGAACACGCUCAAUUACUUGACGGCCGCCUCGGCCGUCAAGGAUGUGUUUCCGUCUUCGUGAUGCUCGGAGUGGAAAUUGAAUAUCCCAAUGUUCUAUGCCCUAUGGGUUUGAAGUUGUGGAGAUCUCAACAUUUCUGCCGUAAAAGGGCAGAAAGAAGCUGUUAUGCUGCUUUUCGAACCAUUUACAGCAUUCAGUAGGCUAAGCUCUCCGGUGGAAAGGUCAGGGGCUCAUGGUAGGCUAAGCUCUCUGCUUGCUUGGAUAGACCUACAGCUACAAAUUGACAUCCGGGGUUGUAUAGCCAACUCACUGCACAAAAAAUAUUUGCCAUUUCUUCUUUAGGACGCGUGUUUUGUGACUUUUGUUGCAUAGCCAACUCACUGCACAAAAAUAUUUGUUAGGACGUGUGUUUUGUGACUUUUGAAAUCCAAAUGGGCGUUGUAAGCCUUCAUAU